UCGAUCGAGGGAGCCCCGAGUAUCCGUCCAGAAAUUUUCUGCCGAUACCCACGUGUUAGAUUUCGCGUGUUCCAUCAAUUUACUGGCGGGAAUCGAUCGUGAUCUAUUUCGACAUUAUUGAAAUUUUCCGUUGUUAGAUAACCAAUGCCCUAUUGGGCGUCUAUUACUCAAUUGAGUUUUUAUUUGUGUGAUUAAUAAUUAAUUUCGCUUUAUCGGCGAAAUGUUACGUUAGAACAGUUGUUUUGUUGCUGGGAACGGUGCUUGAUAUUUUGUUUUUUCGGAGGUUUCGGCGAGUGCAAGAACAGAAUGGAGCCCAUUGUCCUGGUUCACGGUGGCGCGGGAAACGUAAGAGACUCAAGGGUGCCGCCGAAGGUAGCCGCCGUCAAAGUGGCGGCGAUCAGAGGCUACGAAGUGCUGGAAAGGGGAGGCUCAGCCGUGGACGCAGUGGAGGAAGCGGUCAGGACGAUGGAAGACGACGAAUGCAUGAAUUCCGGCCACGGUUCGGUCCUGAACAGCGAGGGCAAGGUGGAGAUGGACUCGAGCAUAAUGAACGGAGCGACCAUGGACGCUGGGUGCGUGGCAGUGGUGAGGGACAUCGCCCAUCCAGUAUCGUUGGCCAGGAUGGUCAUGGAGAAGACGCCGUAUGUGAUGUUGGCCGGGGAAGGCGCCAUGGGUUUUGCCAAGGAGAUGGACGUGGAGAUGCUGCCGCCGGGUGCCCUGGUGACCGAUGACGCCCAGAAGGCCUUGGAGAUUUACAAGCAGACCGGCGGGGUGUUUUACGAGAUUGGGGAGACGGAGACGGUCGGCGAAGUGGGUACAGUAGGAGCAGUGGCCUUAGAUUUUAACGGACACAUAGCGGCAGCCACAUCGACCGGAGGUCUAAACGGCAAACAUCCGGGUAGAGUUGGGGACAGUCCGAUCAUAGGAAGCGGGACUUAUGCUAGAGACGAUGUUGGAGCAGUUUCGGCGACCGGUCACGGGGAAACCAUUUCGAAAUGGUGCCUGGCGCAUAGCAUCAUAACGGCGAUGCAACGGGGAGCUGACCCUCAAACUGCUACUGAAACGUCGUUGAAUCAAAUGACGGAUAAACUGAAGGAAACUGCAGGUGCUAUUUGUAUAUCUAAAGAAGGAAAAGUUGGAAUCGGCAUGACCACAAAAAGGAUGUCGUGGGCGUAUAGGAAAGGGGAUGAACUGGUAUACGGCAUCGAUAAGGGUAAACAGGAAGUAGAAAACGUCUCGGCAGGUUCCAAUACGUGUUCCAUGGGUUAAGAUCUACACUCACAGUAUUUACGUAUUUUAUCAGUGAUGUAUUCUCGAAUUAUGUCUACGCCGCUGGAUGCAUGCAGUCAUCGUACAGGAUUAACUUGAAUGCAAGGCGAUAAGAUAAUGUAGCUCGAUAUAAUUACUUACACGUUCUGAAUGAAUAAGGCUGAAUUGCUUGUAAAUAAAUUAUUGUUUUGGUCUUUA